AGUUACAAAUUUACUAAAUAUUUCAACUCGUUUAUUGUACGUAGUAACAAAUUGCCGUGUAUGUUUAAAUUUCAAUAUGUCCACCAUUACGGUGGAAAAUAUGUGCGGGAAAAAUUGUUCCCCAGGGACGCGUACAGGUUAGAAACGGCGCGAAAAUGGCACAACGUAGCAUAACGUCAUUUUUCGCAAGGACUUCCGUAAAGAAAGAUAGCGAUGAUACGAGUAAUUCAAGCAAAGUUAUCGACGACGGAGAACCAGAAAGCUUCGGUAGUGCUAAACGAAAAAGAGAAGACGAUGGGGACAAUAAUAAUGAAUCUUCCAGUUCUCCACCUGCAAAGAAACCAGAAAAGAAAUCCUCAAAGGAAAAGACAACACAAAAGACUCCUCCAUCGGCAAAAAAGGCAAAUGGGAAAACACCUAAAAUUGUGUUGUCGCCUGGAUUAACUAAGCAAAAUGAAAAAAGAAAGACAAAAUCCCCGAAUAGUGUUUCUAAGAAAAAGAAGAAGACUGACAAAAUACAGGAUGUUGUUGAGAAAGGGACAUCAGAAAAAGAAGCAAACAUUGAGGAUGAAAUAGAGGAUGAUCCAGGGGUGGAAGAUACAAAGCAGUCAAACUCCCCUAAAUCUGAAUCAUCAAAAUUUUCUGAUGAGUCCAAUAAUAAAAUAAAUUCAAAAAAAGUUAAUAAGAAGGUUGUGAAAAAAAGAUUACGGAUAACAGCGCCUGUCAAUGACUCCAGUGAUGAAGAUGGUCAUUUACCAGUAAAAAUACCAGACAAUCCAGAAAACUUAGAUAUUAGUGAAAAAAAAGAUAGUCCUAAAAAAUCAGUCAUCAAUGGGGAAAAAAAUAGUUCAAGUAAAGAAAAAAAGGAAUUUGACGAGAAAGUUCAGGACACUUCUGAAUGUAGUCAAGAAACUAUUGAUAAAAAACAAGAAGACAAUGAAGAAAAAGCUGUUAAAAAAAUAAAUAAUUUUUUUGCACCAAAACAAAAGGAAACUACAAAAGAUAACAAAGCAGAUAAGAAGAACCCUGGAAGUCAUUCAUACAAUCCAAGUACUUCCAAGUAUCAUCCGAUAAAUGACGCAUUUUGGAAACAGGGUGAAAAAGUACCAUAUAUCGCGCUGACGCGUACAUUGGAGCUAAUCGAAGAAACCAGCGCUCGAUUGAAAAUAAUAGAAAUUUUAUCCAAUUACCUUCGCUCAGUCAUAGUUUUAAGUCCAAAUGAUUUACUCCCAAGCAUAUAUUUAUGUUUAAAUCAGUUAGCACCCGCUUACGAAGGAAUUGAGUUGGGUGUGGCGGACACGAACCUUAUGAAAGCUAUAGCACAAUGUACUGGCAGAACAUUAGCUCAAAUAAAAGCCGACGUACAACAAGUUGGAGAUUUGGGCAUUGUGGCUGAAGGAAGUCGUUCCAAUCAAAGAACGAUGUUUCAACCACCACCGCUAACAGUAUCAACCGUAUACACUAAAUUAAAGGAGAUAGCGCAAAUGACUGGUUCCGCGUCUUUAGCCAAGAAACUGGAUAAAAUUCAAACACUUUUCAUAGCAUGCCGUUUUACGGAAGCCAGAUAUUUAAUUAGAUCUUUAGCUGGUAAGCUUCGAAUCGGUCUAGCGGAGCAAUCUGUGUUACAAGCUUUAGCUUUAGCGUGUACAAUGACUCCACCAGAACAGGGCUCUUCGUCAGAAAUGUUAGAUGCAAGCAAAACAAUGUCGAGUGACUCCUUUAAGCAGAAGUACGACGAAACUGCGCUUAUUCUUAAAACAACGUAUUGCCAGUGUCCAAAUUACGAUAAGAUAAUUCCCGUUUUGUUGAAAGAGGGGAUCAAAGAGUUACCAAGCAAAUGUAAAAUUACACCUGGUAUACCCAUGAAACCUAUGUUGGCACAUCCCACUAAAGGUGUACAGGAAGUAUUAACGCGUUUCGAAGGAUUGAAGUUUACUUGCGAGUGGAAGUAUGAUGGAGAAAGAGCACAGAUUCAUUUUGCUGAAAAUGGCGACAUUAGUAUUUAUAGUAGGAAUCAGGAGAACAAUACUAGCAAAUAUCCCGAUAUUAUAAGGCGAGUUAAAAAUACAAGAGGGGAAAAUGUUCAAAGUUGUAUCCUCGACUGCGAAGCGGUUGCUUGGGAUAAUGAGAAAAAACAAAUACUUCCGUUUCAAAUACUCAGUACGAGAAAGCGCAAGGAUGCAAAUGAAGCAGAUAUAAAGGUCCAAGUGUGUGUAUUUAUGUUUGAUUUACUAUAUUUAAAUGGCGAAUCGUUAGUACAAGAGCCGUUCAUAAAACGUCGCGAGCUAUUGAAAGAAAACUUUAAAGAAGCGGAAGGAGAAUGGAAAUUUGCAACUAGUUUAGAUACUUCGAUCAUGGAGGAGGUGCAAGAUUUCUUAGAUGAAUCAGUUAAAGGUAAUUGCGAGGGUCUUAUGGUGAAAACGUUAGAACGAGAUGCAACGUACGAAAUUGCUAAGCGAUCGCGAAAUUGGUUAAAGCUGAAGAAAGAUUACUUGGAUGGUGUGGGUGAUACAUUAGACCUAGUUGUUAUAGGAGGAUACAUAGGGAAAGGAAAACGAACAGGUACUUACGGAGGAUUUCUCUUGGCUUGUUAUGAUCAAGAAAACGAAGAAUAUCAGAGCAUCUGUAAGAUUGGUACUGGAUUCAGCGAAGAGGAUCUUCAAAAACAUACUGAAUUCUUUAAAGAACAUAUAAUACCGCAAACCAAGUCAUACUAUCGUUAUGACACAUCCCACGAACCUGAUCACUGGUUCGAACCUGUCCAAGUUUGGGAGGUUAAAUGUGCGGACUUGUCCCUGUCACCUGUUCAUAGAGCAGCUAGUGGUAUUAUCGACCCUGAAAAGGGUAUAUCUUUGCGAUUCCCACGAUUCAUUCGUAUUCGCGACGAUAAAACUAAUGAAGAGGCCACGUCUGCGCAACAAGUAGCGUCUAUGUACAGCAGUCAAGAGCAGAUAAAAAAUCAAACCACAGGAGCAAAAAAUACGACAGAGGAAGACUUUUAUUAGACGUAACUCUAAAUAGAACAUAUUUUUUUACACAUAAAAUAUAAAAGACAUCUGAUGAUAUGUUCACAGUGAAAUGUUAGAAUUUGAUAAGUCUUAUAAAUGUAUGUACGUAUUAAUAUUAAAUUUUUGUAUGAAUGAAUGUUCACCUUCUAAGAAAUUUGUAUUAAAGAAUGAUAUUACUUUA